AUGGCGGCAGCAGUCACCCCACGCUCCCGGUACUCCAACGACGCUGUCGCUGCCUCCGAUGCGGCCCAGUCAUUCCCGUGGGAAGCGCCGGUGCCCGUCAACCCUUUCUGGGACAGCUUUGACUACUGCACAGCGCGCAACUUUCUGGGCAACUUCUCGGACCACGAGCUCGAACAGCUCCCCAUCGACCCGGACAGCACGGAUGACCAUGAAACCAAGCUCCGACUUCUCCUCCGUCUGCUCCAGGCGAAGAUAGCCCAGGAAGAAGCGGCCAGUUCUCCGGAGUCUCUGUACACGGCAGACUACGCCCGAUGGUACAGCCUCUGGCAGGGCGUGUACGUGUUUCAAGACAAGCUGGGCCUCCCGGAGGCGGAGCAGACCAUCCGCAUGCUCGUGGCGCGGCGGCCGGAAGGCUCGGAUGAUGUGAGGCCGCUUCAUAUACUUGCCGAGCACCUGGUCAAACUUGGAAAGUACAGAGAGGCCGAGGACACGGAGCGGCCAGUGUGCGCGUGGAUGGACGCGCGGCCGCACUUGGGCAAGAGCUCGCCGCAGGCUAUCAACGCGCGCAGGAUCAUCGCGAGGGCUCUCUGGGGCCAAGGACCCCCCAGGCGAGCUGAAGCCAAGGCACUUCUGGCGGAGAUUGCGGAGAUUGUCAACAAUAUGGGCGGCAGUAGAUUCGGUGCAUAUCAGGAAGAAGAGAGACAAUUGAACCGCGCCCUGAUGGCUGAGCUGGGAAACCCCGUGCUCGGAGAGUGA